CUUGGCGAUUCGCUAACCCCACUCUACAUAACAUUUAUUUCCGAAAAUAUACAUAACAAAAAUAUCCAUAAGUGAACUGUGACCGAGGUUCCCAGUGCAAUAAUUUGAACAUUUGCAUAGAACUUUUCGUUCAACAGUUCUAAAGUUUUAGCGGCACGAACUAACUCUUCGAUUCGAAGGUGUCUAUUGCACAAAGAAAAUUACAGAAACCAUGAUGUGGUGGGCGGCAUGGUGUGUCCUGGUCAUAGCCGGCGCGGGGACGUGUGCGGCGCCUGCGCCCGACUCUCUCUCUCAGCUAGCGCCCCUGGACCUGGUUCAAAUUGACCCCCCUGCUCCUGAUGACGAGGUAAGCUACGCCAUGCCGUCGUCGAUGAGCGGACGCUACGCAGCCGGCGGUGCACCGUGGCUCUACCUCCUCGCUGAGAUGCCGCGGGAUUCACAGAGAUUGGGCGAGCUGAGCGAAGGUCACGCACGGUCGAAGCGCAAGAUGCCGUCGCUGUCUAUCAACAACCCCAUGGAGGUGCUGCGGCAGAGGCUGCUGCUGGAGGUGGCUCGCAAGCAAAUGAGAGAGGCCAGCCAGCGGCAGGCUGUCGCCAACAGGCUGUUCCUGCAGAAUGUUGGCAAACGAGGAUUUUGGGCGAAAUCUGCUUCAUCUCGCUACGAUAACUAGAGCAGCCAGCCACAGACUCCCACAAUAAGCUCAUGCCACUCCCACGGAGCAAGCUGCUGCGUCAACUGACCCUUACCCUCAGUCUUAAAGUCUAAACUACUUCUACACGGCCUUUUUUGUUAGUCGUACUGAUAAGUAUAGCAAUUAAGUUGUCUGUAAAUCGGUUGCAUGUGAUCUCGUUUCCUGCAUUCGAUUACUUUUGCUAACUUGAACCUUGCGAAUCACAUCGUAGAUUCCAAAACUAACGUCCACAAAAAUCAAAGCUCUGUAAUUAUUUACCUUCUAUUUGAACUAUCAUGUAAGUAUUCGAAUAUUAUUUGAUAUGUAUAGGUAGAUAAUGUAAACAUAGUUGUAAAUAGUGGUGUAUGUCAGCCAUUUCGACAGCACUACUCAAGUUGCCGUCACUCCUGUCCGUAGUGAAGCAGCCUUGCCUCGCACCCUCCCCGUGUUUAAUUCAUAUUUUUCUACUCUUGUUAUUGUUACGAAAAUCUAUGUCCUAGAAGUAUGUAUUUUCAUUUACAAAAAUAGGUAAUAUUGUGCCAAAUUUGAUCUUAAUGUUAACUUAAGCCAUUAUGUGAUUAGACGCAUAUGUUACAAUAUUAUAUUACAAAUUUAGAUAUAAGCAGCGCAAUUGUAUGCUAAUUAAUAGUCGUUUAAUUUCUACGUAAUUUUUAUGUACA